GAGCUGGCCCUGUCGAGGCCGGCCCCCAAAACCUUCGGCGCCCUCGGCCGCGCGACGCACCUCACGGCGCUCUCGUCCCUGCGCCUCUGCGGCGCCCUCCGUGGCGCCCUCGGCCACGGCCUCGCCGACGGCCGCCUGGAGUGCCUGCUCGGCCGCGGGGCGCCCUUCCUAUCCACCCUGCGCAGCCUCAGCCUAGACGCCUGCGAGCUCGGCGGCGGCGGCCUCGCGCCGCUGCGCGACGCGCCGCUGCUGCGGCUGCAGUCGCUCUCUCUCUCCUGCAACGGCCUCACCGACACCGACGCCGGUGACCUGGCGGCGGCGCCGCUGCCCGUGCUCACGCGGCUCGACCUCUCAGGCAACGCCAUAUCUGCGCUGGGCCUCGAGUUCAUUCUCGAGGCCGAAUGGGCGCGCGGCCUGCGCUCGCUGAGCCUCGCACUCUGCCCCAUCGGCAACUGCGGCGUCGCCGCGCUCGGCGACGCGCCCGCGUUGACCGCGCUCGCCGAUCUUGAACUGGGCUUCACGGGGAUCACCGACGCGGCCCUCUGGUAUUUUCAGGGCGCGCCGUGGGUGCCCGCCCUGACACGCCUCGACCUGCGCGGCAACCCCCGCCUGGGCAGAAAUCCCUUCUUCUGGGAAGCCUUCUGCAUCCAGCCCCUCCCUGCGCUGCGAACCCUCGACGUCUCCGCCUCUGCACCGCUGCACCCGAGCGCCGCGAGCCUCCUCGCAGCCGCUGUCUGGCUGCCGCAGCUCGAGGUCCUGCGCGUCCAAGGUUGGGACGCGCUGUCGCUCACCAGCCGCCUGGCGACCGGCAAGCGGCCGCUGCCGGCGUUGGAAGCGAGCCCGGCCCUCGCAGCCGUCGUGCGGCAGACGGGCUAUGCAAACCGGAAAGAGAUGCUGGCGUGGCGCGCCCGCUGGCGGGCGAGCAGGCCCCUCAAGCUGAGGACGCGGCUCAUGGACCCAAAGUCAAGCUUGACAGUCAAUAGUGUCACCUAG